CACGCCACUCGCCAGUUUACCUGAGGCGCGCACAGAGGACGGGUGGGCUGAUCCUCGCUCUCGUUGGCUGUGAUAGUGAUAGUGGUUGUGAUGCGGUGAUAAAAGUGUGUGUGUACCUCCAGUCCAGUGCAGCGUAGAUGAUACGAGCCACAUAGCCCUAUAGUGAAGUGGUGGAGUGCGUGCCGACGUGAGGGUGGUGUGUGGCGCAGCCGAGUUGUUGUAGUAGUGGAGGGACUUCAAUAGGCCAUGUGCAAGUGUUCCUUUGUGCUCGUGGCCUGCUUGGCGCUGGCCUGCCUCGCCUCGGCUCAACAAUACGGCGAUUAUGACCAAGCUACCGGCGAUGGAGCGGCAGGCACCAGCGCUCGGAGUACAGACUCUUCGCUCAUCUUCAACCAUAACCAGAUAGUCGUGAACCCCGGCGACCCCGUCAACCUGGACUGUGGAGUGCGGGGGGAGAGUCGCUACUGCAUCUGGGAGAGUGACAACGGCCAGAUCUACCAGGUGGAAGACGUGUACGGUAACGUGUAUGACGGCCUCAGCAAGCCCGAGAACACGGUGGGCAACGAGUGCGGCAUUGUCAUCAACUCCGCGGACAUCAGCCACCACGGGAAAUGGACGUGCAAAGUUUUCGUGGUCGGGAACUCUCUGCUCGGCUCCAAGAACGUGGUAGUCACAAUCAAACCGACAAACCCAGUCCUGGAGAUAGACAGCCAGAGGAACCUUAUAGUGAACAGCGAGGAGGAGCGGCCCGUGGUGUGCUCGGUGGCGGCGGCGCGGCCAGCAGUGGCCAUUCGGUGGUAUCUCGGGGACACCGACAUCACAGCCUCGGCGGAGAAUGAGGAGACUCCAACUGACACAGGGGGCAUCUACAAGAGUGUGUCUACCCUAAGAAGGCAUUUCCAACCAAUGGACAAUGGAAAGAUACUGAUGUGCAGCAUCACACACCAGACACUUUCCGCACCCGCUAAUACCUCCGUCCCCGUCAGCGUUGUGUUCAAGCCACUUGAGAAGCCAGUUACAACAUUCUACCAAAUCCAACCUGGUAGUGAUUAUGACAUGAAAUUCAACUUCUCUGCAAACCCCGAGCCCACCAAACUGGAGUGGCAAUAUGGAAGCAAUCUCGACAACCCAGAGGGCUCCGUCUCAAUUCCUGGUAUACAAGAUCGCUAUUCUGCAGAUUUAGAGGAUCUGGGCCAUGGAAGGUACACAGCCAAGCUGCUAAUUCGUGGCUUCACCGAACAAGAUGCCAUGAAAGAAUAUCAGCUCGUGGCGGAAAACGAAUUUGGUGAAACUCGGUACAGAGUCAAGCUAUCGAUGCACGAUGCUCCACAAGAUGGUGACUCUGAAACAAGCAACCAUGACAAAAUUCCACCCUCUGAGUUAUCAGUGUCUGUUUUUGAUGAGACCGAGUCAAACACACUGAGCGGAGGAGCCGUGGCAGGCAUCAUCAUUGUCCUCCUUGUGGUGGUGGUGGCUGUGGUGGCGGCAGGCUAUGCUCGCUACCGCCAGAUGUUUUGCUUCGCUCCAAUUGGUUCGCCUGAUCUCGAGGAGGCAAAGGACAUCCGGGAGGAACACAGUGACACAGAGAGUGCAAGAGGCCCAGCUGCUGUCCGUCCCAUCACACUCAAAGACAGACUUGGGCAGCUCACGCAGGCCUUCAAAAAAACAAAGCCUGAUCAGGAUGUGAAGUUGGAUGAUCUUGAAAAGAAAUCCCUCACCAAAGAUAAGAUGAACAAGGAAAUGGCUAACAAAGAAUAUAAUCCAGAGGAGAAAGAGCUUUCUGAGGUCACCCACCUACCAGAGGAAACUAACUUUUCCAACACUUACUGCCAAGUUAAAUCUCCUUACUAUGAGGAAAGCCAAGGAAGACCGCUAUCAAAUGAGAUUCUGCACACUCAUCCGGAAGGAACAUUUCCUGAAGAAACCAUUUUACCACAGAUCAAAAUAGAACAAAAUGAGUUUGAAAUGAAAGAGGUUGUCUAUGCUGAACUGGACCUUAGUAAGGGGGAAGGUGAGAAGAAAACCGAGGUGAAGGCGGACGAGAAGACUGAAUAUGCACAGAUUGUUGGCACCAUCACUGACAACCGGGAAGACGAGAAAAAAGAAUAGGACCACCAGUUUCUAAUCAACUCAUAGGACAGCUAAAGCCGACUAGCUAGAUGAUUUUUUUUUCUUUUUCAAGAAUUAUUGUCUUGACUGCCUUCAUGAUUUUACCGUCUAAAGCAGCUGGUGUGCUUGUAGCAGUGACUUAUUUUACAACUGUUCUUGUAAUAACAUCCCAAACUUUUAUACCAUGUACCACAUAAAGACUUUUGAUGUAAUGUUAAGCUAGAGACCCUAGGCAAUUAGAUGUACUGUUAUUUGUGAUUCUAUUUAUUCCCAGUGGAAUGAUGCCCAUGACUAAGAUUUGGUUAACAAGUGAAAUGGUACAGGGUUUUACUUCUGUAAGGCUGAUAUUUCUUUUUUAUUAACCUUGCUGCGCAUGCUUCUCUGGAGAGCAGCUGUUGAUGAGCUAAUAAUUGUGUCUAGCCAUUGCUGAGCCAUUCAUGAAGAGUAAAAUACCAAUAGAAAAUUAUUUUAAGUUGUAUUAGACAACAAUACAGGAGGAUUUUUUUUCAAGGCUAGGAUAUUGCAGGGCCUCCAUAUUCGGAAACAAUUGUGGCCCAGCCAUGAUCCUCUGGCAGCUUUAAGGCAGCCUUGACCAGGAUUGCUUUCCUGGCCACCUUCAUAAGAGCUCAAUGCUCAUCAUGGUUGUUAGUAUACAUUUCUUCCCCCAAAGAAACAGUUCUCAAGAUCUCAACCUGGAAUGAAACUUCUCGGGUACCAUCUAUAGAACAUCACUUGGUGUUCUGGUAGUGUAUGUUAAUAUUAUGGCUGCUCCUACUUCAGACAGAGAGAGUGAAGUAAAAAACACAAAUCUGGAUUUAUCAGCAUUGCCUGAUUAAAACAUAGCUUAAUAUUAGCAUUUAGGUGAAUGACGUGUGAGACUGCAGGUUUGUCUAAACAUAAGCGUGAAUAUCCUACACACAAUGAUCAGCCUUAUGCCUUUUUACUCUGGGCUUUUAUUUUCUUAGGAACCUUUGUUUGUAUUGUGUACCUGACACUUCCCCACCAGAAACUUGACUGAUGCAACAUUACAAACCAACAACAAAGCACAUUAAUGUUAUAGUUACUGUUGCUUAUUAUUUCCAUUGAGAGCAGCCAACUGUAGGUUUUAUUGUAGUCAAAUAGUAGUCCAUGGAUAAAUAUAGUAACUUGGAAUUUUUUUUAUUAUUUUGGCAAAAUAAAAUUGUGUUCAUUAAAGUGACAUGCAGACAAAGAUCUUCCAGUGGUGAAUGAAACCUGCGUUAGGGUGCAAGCUGAAGCGCACAGAAUGAUAGCAUCUCAUAUUUUUAUAUAAAAAUGCUGUAUCGUUCAAUACACCCAUAAAUUCCAUGGAUUGUGAAUGUCUGUGAAUGCAACAAUACACCACAGGAUGCAAAGAUGGUGAGCACUGCUCAAGUAAUGCAUCUUCAUGUAAUACAAGGUAGAAAAUAUGCAUUAAAAAUAUAAUUAUACAAUGUGUACAUGCUGACAUGUAUAAUGUAUUUUGUAAUGUUUGUCUACAAUAUAACAUGAUUCUGUGUG